CGACGAUGGCGGCCACCACUACCUCGUUGGCGCCAUUGGUAAUAGGUCUGUACGAUGUGCAGGCUUUCAAGUUUGGGAACUUCACGCUGAAAAGUGGACUCUCCUCCCCCGUCUACAUCGAUCUGCGAGGCAUUGUUUCUCGACCACGUCUUCUGAAUCAGGUACUAAGCGUCUUGUAGAAGGAGCUGUUAAUCCAGGAGAAACCUGUUUGAUCAUUGAAGAUGUCGUUACUAGUGGAUCUAGUGUUUUGGAAACAGUUGAAGUUCUUCAGAAGGAGGGCUUGAAGGUCACAGAUGCCAUAGUGCUCCUUGACAGAGAGCAGGGAGGCAAGGAGAUGUUGGAGGCGUGUGGCAUUCGUCUCCACUCAGUGUGCACAUUGUCCAAAAUGCUGGAGAUUCUUGAGCAGCAGAAAAAAAUUGAUGCUGAGAUGGUCGGUAAAGUGAAGAAAUUUAUUCAGGAGAAUGUUUUCGUGCCUGUUAAUCCUAACAGUUCUCUCCCUUCUGUAAAGAAAGCACCCAAAGAACUCAGCUUUGGUGCCCGUGCAGAGCUGCCCAGGAUCCACACAGUUGCAUCAAGCCUUCUUAGGCUUAUGCAAAAGAAGGAGACCAAUCUGUGUGUGUCCGCUGAUGUUUCUGAGGCCCGAGAGCUCUUGCAGCUAGCAGAUACUUUAGGACCCAGCAUCUGUAUGCUCAAGACUCAUGUGGAUAUUCUGAAUGAUUUUACUCUGGAUGUAAUGAAGGAGUUGACAACUCUGGCAAAACGUCAUGAAUUUUUGAUAUUUGAAGACCGGAAAUUUGCAGAUAUUGGAAACACAGUAAAAAAGCAAUAUGAAGG